CGUAUAUAUGAACGCACACAUCCCUGUACAAAGACUACGAUACAUGGUGCUCUCUCCGUUACCUUCUCUCGCCACUUUGUACUUCUGAACACAGUCUCCCUUUCUCGUCUCUAUCACCACUCUCUGUCUCCUUUUUACUGUUUCUUUUAUGGAUUUCAAACUUGUAAUUUGGCAGCUUCAAUGGCUACUUUUGGUGCUUCCGCGACUUCAAAUCCAAACCCUAACAAAUCUAUUGAGGUUACACAACCUCCUGGUGACUCAGUUUCAAGUCUCAAUUUCAGUCCCAAGGCCAACUUCUUGGUUGCUACUUCCUGGGACAGCCAGGUAAGAUGUUGGGAAAUCACAAGGAGUGGAGCCACUUUAGGAAGUGUGCCAAAGGCAUCAAUAUCACACGACCAACCGGUUUUAUGCUCCUCUUGGAAGGAUGAUGGAACAACUGUAUUUUCUGGAGGGUGUGACAAGCAAGUGAAGAUGUGGCCUCUACUAUCUGGGGGUCAACCAGUAACUGUCGCAAUGCAUGAUGCCCCAAUCAAAGAGGUUGCAUGGAUUCCAGAGAUGAACAUGCUGGCUACAGGAAGUUGGGAUAAGACCUUGAAGUACUGGGAUUUGAGGCAGCCAAAUCCAGUGCACACCCAACAACUUCCUGAUCGCUGUUAUGCAAUGACUGUGCGGCAUCCCUUGAUGGUUGUUGGCACUGCAGAUAGAAAUCUCAUAGUCUUUAACCUGCAACAGCCUCAGAAUGAGUACAAGAGAAUCACUUCUCCCUUGAAGUAUCAAACAAGAUGUGUUGCAGCCUUUCCUGAUCAGCAAGGCUUCUUGGUUGGUUCAAUCGAGGGGAGGGUUGGUGUACAUCAUCUAGAUGAUGCACAGCAAAGUAAGAACUUCACUUUUAAAUGCCAUAGAGAUGGCAAUGAGAUAUACUCGGUCAAUUCCUUAAACUUCCAUCCAGUGCAUCACACAUUUGCAACUGCAGGAUCUGAUGGUGCCUUUAAUUUUUGGGACAAGGAUAGCAAACAGAGACUCAAGGCGAUGUCACGGUGCUCUCUUCCAAUACCCUGCAGCAGUUUCAACAAUGAUGGCUCAAUUUUUGCAUAUUCGGUAUGUUAUGACUGGAGCAAGGGUGCAGAAAAUCACAACCCACAAACGGCAAAGUCCUACAUCUAUAUGCAUUUGCCCCAGGAGUCUGAGGUCAAAGGCAAACCACGAGUUGGAACAAGUGGUAGAAAGUAAAGCUGCAUAUCAUUAUAAAAUCACCUUUUUCACCUGAGACAUAAAACAUCGCGGACAACAUUUACUCUUUCCCUCUUCCAUUGUCACUACAAGGGUUUUGACUUGGAUGGUUUAGACGUCAUUGUUAGUGAUAGAGUUCAUGAUAUAGAUAUAGGUGCCCAGAUUUGGAUCAUAAUGCGGUGAUCGAUGGUUUGUAGCAUAAAAGUUUGCAACUCAGCAUGACCUUUAUGGUGAGUUUUCUGAAGUAGUAGCACGUUAGGUUUGGUCUAACCUUGCAAGCAAUCACAGAACUAGGAAUUAUUUUUAGGGGGGCCAGAAUAAAAUUUAAUAUGUAAUUGUACUUAAAUUUUUUUUUUUUUAACCAAGUCAGUAGGGUUAUGGCACCCUUCAGCCCCUUGGCUCUGUCAGUGCUUGCAAGUAUGAGGUUUGGUAUGAAUUAUUGAAGAUUGAAUUUGAGACCGCACAGGUGUGGAAACAACUCCUUUAAACCAAACCAAGAUGUUUUUAA